AUGCACCGACGUACACGCCUCAGCCUGCGAUCCUCCAUCGUCGGCAAAGAGAACGAGCAUGAUCCGGAAAAGACCCAGACAAAGGAUAAAAAACGACGAUCAACUGCACCGAUCACUACCAAAGACGACGAGACCGACGAAGAGUACACCGUUUCACCUAAGAAAUCGGUUCGAGGCCGUGGCCGCUCCCGCUUGAGUGAUGUAAAUGAUAUGGAUGAGGAGUCUCAAAAUGAGGAUCCAUCAGAUCUGGUGGGAAAACUGCCGGAACGAGAGAAAGAAUACGAUGAACUGGUGGCAUUCGUGGAAAACAUUCUGGAUUCCAGUGGAUCAGGCAGCUUGUACAUCAGUGGACCGCCGGGAACUGGCAAAACGGCUACCUUGCAGCGUAUAGUAAAACACGAUUCCUUCACGGGGAAGCUGAAAACCGUCUACAUCAACUGCACUGCUAUCAAAAGCGUUGGCAGCAUAUAUAAAAAGAUCUCCGAAGAGCUACAACUGAAAGUGAGUGGAAACACCGAAAAGCUCUACCUAGAAGCGAUCGAGACGUAUCUACAACGGAAGCACAAAACCGUCAUGUUGGUGUUGGACGAAAUCGAUCAGCUGUCGAGCAGUAAGCAAACCAUCCUGUACAGCAUCUUUGAAUGGCCCGCCAGGCCAACGGCACGACUCAUCCUUAUUGGCAUCGCCAACGCGCUCGAUCUCACUGACCGGCUGCUUGCCCGGUUGCAGGCUCGUUGUGAGCUGAAGCCUCACCUAAUUCAGUUCUUACCGUACACCAAACAGCAGAUUGUCACCAUACUAAGGUCCUGCCUCGAAGCGAAUGAUUCUCUAUCACGUUUUCCUGAAGCAGCGCUCGGUUUGCUCGCUGCCAAGGUGGCCUCCACCUCGGGUGACAUCAGACGAGCACUGUUCAUCGCUCGACGUCUUAUUGAGGGUGCGAAAAAGGAGGAACGAAAAGCCAACUCUAGCACACCAGCUACGGUUAGCAUCGGGCAGGUUAUGACGGUGUUGAAGCAAGUGUACAGCGCCUCACAAACGCUCAGUAACGACCUGGACGAGGGUUUCCCGCUGCAGCAGAAGAUCCUCAUCUGCUCGCUAAUGUUGAUGCUGAAACACGGCAAAAACAAGGACAUUACGGUGGGCAAGCUGCACGACGUGUACAGGACGAUUUGCGUCAAGCGAAACAUCCACUCUGUCGAUCAGACGGAGUUCAUCAAUCUUUGCUCGUUGGUGGAAACGCGCGGCAUCGUCCGUGUGCAAAUGAAAAAGGAACCCCGAAUGCACCGCGUUUGCCUGCAGUGGGAUGAGGACGAGGUUAACUCAGCGCUAAACGAUAAGCAGCUCAUCGCGAGCAUUCUGGGCGAUGUGUCCUGUUUGGGAAAGUAA